CAACUGUCUGAUACUAUUUGCUUUUUGCUGUCGUUUUACGUCUGUCUAACACAGAGAAACGUCAAAACAAAAUUCUCUCAAUUUUGUUUUACCAUUUUUUCUUAUCGGUAUUAAAUUCCACGACUAUCCUGUAAUGUGUAUCUUAGUUCAAAUUAGAAAUACAAGAAUUAUUUUAUGACGAUAUUUGGAUUAUAUUAGGAAUAUAGAUCAAACCCUCUUUGUUAUUUUUGGUGUACUAUUUUUGUCCGCUCUACAUUCGCAGAUUCGGUGCAUUGAAAUAUAUUUUGACGUCUAGCAAAGAAUGUCUUCCUACAAGUUUCCACUCGGUAACAUUACAAUAUUGUGAUGGUUAUGACUUCGUGCGUGGGGAUGGGGGACACGGUGUUAAGGGAGCGUCUACCGGCCUUGUGGCGACGCAUUGAGGACGCGCAUUACAGUUAUCUAGAGAUCGAUGAUAGCCCUGAGAAACUACAACAGAAGAAGAAGCUAGAAGGAUACAUCCUCGAAUACUUAACUCUAGUGCCUCACGAAUGCAAGUUUGGUUUAGCGGAAACGGGGAAGGUAUUCCAGCGCACGGUUAACGAGCUGCCCGAUUUCAGUGCCUACCGAGCAGGUAUCGGCUGGGCCGCUAUCGCUAGGUAUGCAGGAAAUUUGCUCGCACAACCCUGGCGCAAGGAGUAUAGAGUUAUACGACUGUACUCGGGGUUCUACAAGCACGAGGUGGAGGCGAACCUGACGGGCGCGGAGAGCAUGCUGGCGGCGCUCGGCUACCGCGCGGCGGGCGCGGGCCGCGUGGCGCUCGGCGCGCCCGUGUGCCCCGACAUGGCCGCCGCCGUGUCGCGCGACGCGCUCAUCGCGCACUGCGAGUGUCAGAUUAUGUCACAAAUCUGGGAGAGCGUGUGGGGCAGCGGCGCGCGCGUGUCGUGGGCGGACGUGGCGCGCGAGCGCAGCGCGCACGUGGCCGCGCCCGCCGCCGCCGCCGCGCGCCUGGCCGGCUACGCGGACGAUGGUGAAAUUUAUUCAAACAUACCAAUGACAGUGUCAGAUUCGCAUAGAAGACCUAAUGAAUCUCAAUAUCCAGUGACGUCGCAGUGCAAUUGUUCUGAACCCGUGGAAGAGCCCGUUCAACCUAUAAUAAAUCCCUAUAUGUUACCUACAAUGGUACCGUCACAUAUGAUGUAUCCAAUGCCUCAUAUGAACCCCGACAUACCAGUCACAGUGCCUCAAUGUAAUCCAGUAUCGAUGAUGACCCCGUAUGGGGCCGUGCCCUACUACUACCCUGUUCAAGCUCCGUACAUGAUUCCUACACCGGUCUAUGCACCUAUAAAGCACGCAACAACUGUACCAGUAAAUGGCUAUCCUAUGCCUCAAUAUAGGUAUCCUACUGUACCGACAGCUCAACUCAUAGAACUAGAAGCACCAUCUGUGUAUGAAAAUGGAAAAUUUGAACGUCAUCCAGAAGAAAGAAGUCAUAGAAAGAGCAAGUAUGCGGAAGGGUCUAAGCGUACAUCGAGGUCUGGCUUUAGUGACGUUUCAUUACCUAGUUUGCCUCGUUCAGACACACAACCGACUUUAAGUAAAGCAAAGGAAGACGGUAUGGGUACAUACGAAAGUUGGGACUAUGUUUUCAGAAAUCUAUCAAGUAAAAAUCAGGACGGGGAUAGUAGGAGUGGAUUUUCACAAUCAUUGGACAGGGAUUCGAGAACGCUUGACAGGUUAGACCGAGAGGAAAGGAGAUCGAAGUACCAACCGACGACGCUUGAUUUAGAAGAUGGUCUUCAAGCCUUACACCUCGACAGAUCUUACGACGAAGAGGUUUAUAGAACGGCGAAGGUUAAUGAGAAUUUGAUGCGGUUGAAACUGGAACAGGAGCAGAAAAGAGCAAGACAAUUAGCAAAGAAGCAAAUUGAAGAGAAAAAAACUAAGAAAAGUUUAGAACCCAUCGGUAAUCCAAGAGCAGAUGGUCUAGUUACUCUAAAAACGGCACCUGAUAAAGUUAAACUAUUGACUAAGAAGGAUAUAAAAGAUAGAAAAGAUGUGAUCAAGCAACAGAAUAAUGUUAACGGUUCGGUGCCAAAUACAGCUGAAGUUAAAAAAGUAAAGAAGCCUACGAGACUGGUGGCAGCGGAAGUUGACAAGAUGAAAUCAAAACCGACAGAAAACGGCGUACACAAAUCAGGUCAUAGUUCCAAGAGUGCCGCAGUAUCCAGCGGUCACCAAUCGAAUUACAAUUUAAAGGCGCAACUAGUCGUCUCACUGGACGAACCUGAUUUCACACGUCGAUCGCCCCCGAAGCAUCAGAACGGUGAACGCGAACGAUCUUCGAGCCGAGCGAGUAACGAGAGAGAGAGACAACAAGAUAACCAAAAUGAGAUGAAAAAAGACAAGUGGCAGUGCGGUACGUGCACGUAUUUAAACAAGAACUCCUUAGUCGCGUGCGAAAUGUGCGGGAAGUCCAAAAGAGGCCCCGAGAUCGAGCCCCUGACCUCGGGGGGGCGGGAGUGUCCCGCGUGCACGUUAGUCAAUAAGAGAGACGCCAGGGCGUGCGAUGCGUGCGGGACGAGCUUAGAACAUUGCCCGACGUACAUAUGAACCCUAAGGUUAAAUAAGGAUAGAUAUAUAUUGGACAGUAACGCGCGAAAUUGUGAUAGAUUUUUAUUAUAGAGACGAAAUAACGAUAGAAUUGGACAAAUGCGCAAAAUUUAUGUCUGUUUAAAUUCAUAAGAAAAUAUAUUUAACGAAACGAUGUCGAAAAUAUUUAAUUUAUCAGAUCUGGACGUAGGAGACGAGGCUUGUUUUAAAACUAUCUAAAUGGCUUAAGAUUAUAAUUAUUUCUUAUGUCAUCGUGUCUUGCCUUGGGCUAUGUAAAAAUUAAGCAAAAUUUAAAAUAUAGGGCCUAAAUAACCUUCUUUAACUAUAAUAUUAAGAU